CUUUGUUUAAUUUAAAAUCACAAAUAUGUUCAAAUGAACUACUCCUAAUGUCAAAAAUGACAUUGCUUAAAUGAGUCACUGCACCGGGAAUUUCGUAAAUUAACCUGUCAUAAACAUAUUUGUGAAAUUUCCACAUUUCCUCACUUGUGUCAGACUUGUGUGUUGUUAUCUUGUUAAAAUAUUGCGGUGUGUUGAAACUAUUGGUCGUUUAUAUAACUAAAGACAAAAUGGUAAAUAUAUAUACUAAUGAAAAUAAUCCUGCUACUUUAAAAUUAUUAAUAGCUAAAAAUUUAGCUAAACAAGUAGUCGAUUUAAAAUUAGUUAAUGUGCAUGAUAACUGUCUACCACAACCUAAACGUUUACCAUGCCUAGAGAUAGAUAAACAAAUACUAUUCUCUACAAAUAACGCAAUAUGUUAUUUCAUUACAAAAACUGAUGAUAAUUUUAUAGAAGUUACUAAUUUAUUAGAUUGGGAAGCUAGUACUUUAUCGCCUCAAUUAGCUCAUGUGCUUGGGGGUUCCUCAAGAAAGGAAAGUAUCAAACUUGCAUUAGUGUCAAGUUUAAAAUUUUUAAAUGAGUAUCUUCAAAAUAAGAAUUUUUUAGUUGGAAAUAAUAUUACAGCAGCAGAUGUAUCAAUUUGGAGUACAAUAUAUCCUCUCAGAAUUUGCCAAAAAAAUUUCAAAGAAUAUCUUGCCUCUUUGACAAACAUUACAACAUGGGUUGAUGCUUUAGAAGUUAAACAAGAAUUUAAGGAAGCACUGUCAAGUUUUAAAUUAGACAGUUCUUUAACUUAUAAUGCUUUACUUGCUGGUGCAAAAUAUCUAUCAAUAUCGGAUGAUAAUCAGAAGGAAAAAGGAUCCCCUCAAAAUGAGAAGGAACCUGUUGAUGAAGCAGUUACUAGUGAAGAAUUUGCAUUUGCUAAAGAAUCGUGGAAAAAAGAUGUUACUAAGCAAUCCAAGUUGAAAAAUGCCAAAACACCAGUUUUACCCAUCACUGGAGAAAAAAAUGUCCUGAUCACAUCAGCAUUACCAUAUGUCAAUAAUGUCCCACAUCUUGGAAAUAUUAUUGGCUGUGUAUUAUCAGCUGAUGUUUUUGCCAGAUUUUCUCGAUUAUGCAAUAACAAUACCCUUUACAUUUGUGGUACAGAUGAAUAUGGUACAGCAACUGAAACUAAGGCUCUAGAAGAGCGUUUGACGUGCCAACAAAUUUGUGAUAAAUAUCACAAGAUUCAUAAAGAAAUCUAUGAAUGGUUUAAUAUAAGCUUUGAUCAUUUUGGUAGGACUUCAACUCCAGAACAAACACAAAUUUGCCAAGACAUGUUCUUAACUCUCAACAGCAACGGGUUUAUGUUUACCGAGUCUGUAGAACAGCUACAUUGUGAAAAAUGCAACAAAUUUUUGGCAGACAGAUUUGUGGAAGGUGGUUGUCCUCAGCCGGGUUGUAACUAUGAAGAUGCAAGGGGCGAUCAAUGUGAUGGUUGUGGUAAAUUAGUGAAUGCAGUAGAAUUGAAAAAUCCUCGGUGUAAAGUGUGCAGUGAUACGCCCAAAUUGAAGAUGGCAAAUCAGUUUUUCAUUGAUUUACCAAAGCUGGAACCACUUAUUCACCAUUGGGUGAGGCUACGGUGUUCAGGCUGGUCCAACAAUUCACAGGUUAUAGCUAAGGCUUGGUUAAAAGAAGGUCUCAAACCCAGAUGUAUUACUAGGGAUCUUAAAUGGGGCGUUCCAGUACCUCUAGACGGCUUCAGGAGUAAAGUAUUUUAUGUAUGGUUUGAUGCUCCAUUGGGCUAUCUGUCUAUCACUAAGGCAUAUACUAAAGAUUACGAGAAAUGGUGGAAACCAUCAAAAGAAGCAGAAGUUACUUUGUAUCAGUUUAUGGCCAAAGAUAAUGUUCCAUUCCAUUCUGUAUUGUUUCCUGCUAUGUUGUUGGGUGCUAAUAAUGGAUAUGCCACUGUUAAUCAUCUGAUGGCUACUGAAUAUUUAAAUUAUGAAGACGGAAAAUUCUCAAAAUCACGAGGAGUCGGAGUUUUUGGAACAGAUGCCCAGAGCACAGGCAUUCCUAGCGAUAUUUGGAGAUUUUAUCUUCUUUAUGUUAGACCGGAAUCUCAAGAUUCUUGCUUCAGUUGGAACGAUUUCGCGACAAAGAACAAUUCGGAAUUACUUAACAAUUUGGGAAAUUUCAUCAAUAGGGCUCUAGUUUUCGCAAAGAACAAUUUUAAUAAAACCAUACCUCCAAUAAACCCGUCUGACGAAGAUUACAACCUUCUGGCUUUAUGCACAAGAGAAUUCAAGGGUUACAUGGAAUCAUUAGAAAAAGUUAAAUUGAGAGAUGGUAUUAGGCAUAUUCUGUCCAUAUCUAGACAUGGUAAUCAGUAUAUGCAAGCGAAUCAACCUUGGGUGUUACUAAAAGGAACUGACGAACAAAAAUUACGUGCUGGAACUGUUAUUGGUAUUUGUUGCAAUUUGGCCUGUCUUAUUGCCACACUUUUACAACCUUACAUGCCUGAUACAAGUGAGAAUUUGAAGAAACAAUUAAAUGCUAAGAACCUUGUUCUUAAUCCAGAGGUUCCUGAAAUUGUUACCAUGCUUCCGCCUGGACACAAACUGGGUGAACCAUCACCAUUAUUUGCUAAAAUAGAGCAAUCUACUAUUGAUGAAUUAAAACAAAAAUUUGCUGGAAAGCAACAACCUAAUGCAACUAAUGCUAGUGGGGAUUCCUCAGAUUUGAAAGCUUUAGAAGCUGAAGUUACCAAACAGGCCGAUAAAGUUAGACACCUAAAAUCCAGUGGUACAGCUAAGACUGUAUGGCAACCUGAGGUCGCGAUCCUUCUAGAUUUAAAGAAAAAAUUAGAAAGUGCGCAGAAAUCUAGUUCGACUACAUCUCAACCAGCACAAAAUUGUGAAAUAAAUCCUGAACAAGUUAAAGAACUUGAAAAUGAAGUGACUAAACAGGGAUUGAUUGUAAGAAAAUUAAAAGAAGGUGGAAUAGAAAAAUCUGUAUGGCAACCAGAAGUGGACAAACUUCUGGCAUUAAAAAAAAAGUUAGCUCAAGUUUCUGGUCCUCCGUCGGCCCCAGCUCAGAAGAGUAAAAAAGGUAAAAAAUAAAUUUAGUAGAAGUACGAACGUGACUAGUAAUUUAUUUGUAUCGAUGCAUUUGUAUGUACUGCCGUCCUAAAAACAGAUGCCGUAUCUACAAAAAUAAAUCGGAUAUCGAGCUUUUUGCAUCAAUGGGUUCGUGGCAAGCUAAGUUAACGUUUUACCAAGCAAAAAUGCCGCAUAUGUUUUCGAAAUAUUAUAAAUCCAACAUAAUAAGCCGAAUCUGCGAAAUUAGUAUUCUGUCCUAAGAAAAUACAUCGCAAGUGCAUAAUACAAAUAAUACAUGCCGUAUCUAUUUUUGCUCUUGUGUAGAUACGGUUUUUCCAAUUAGGACCAGUCAGAUGCGACGUUACUAAUUUAUUAAUUACCUGCGAUUUUUAAUAUUUUGCUAUUUUUUUCGUGAUCUUUAUAUUAUUAAGGGUAUGUAUGUAUAUGUAUCUGUAACGUAGCCAAUGUUAGUCAAUUCUCGUUGAACACAAAUCUUCUAAUAAAUGAGAACAUCAUGCAAUCAUGGGGGAUAUGCUCCAUCGUCUCAUCUUCUUGUUCGCACCCCCUGCAGCGUGUAGAUUCUGACAGUCACAUGCUAUGGAGAUGCUUCCAUACUUGAACAUUUAGAUUGCCUGUUUGUUUAAGAUAUUAUUCGUUUAAAAUAAGAAAGUAAUAAAGUACAUUAAAAUAAAAACAGAUUAUUUUAUUUAGAAUUUUUAUAAAAUAAAUAUUUUAAGCGCUUUUGUAAAGCCAUUGUGAGUCUUACUUGGGCAUAUAAGUUAUAUUUGUCCUGUAAAACAAAGAUAACAUUUAAAUCCAAAAGGAUGUACAGCAGAGCGUCGAUAAUCCGGAUUAAUUGUGACCGGACCCAGUCUGAAUUUUCGAAAAGAACCAAAAAAGGUCGUUUGAAUUCAUAACAAAAAGAAAAAUUGUUAACCCGUUAAUAAUUCACUUUUGUGGUAAAAUAAUUGAUUAGAUAAAUGAAAUCAUUAAUUGAAUCGGUGAGUUAAAGAAGAACUAGUCCAAAAAUGGCAUUCUGAGUAAAUUAAAAAAAAAACUAAAUAACUAGUUUAUUUUACAUAUAAAUUUGACAUGUACACAUCAAAUGUAAAGCUAUUUAAGAUGAGUGUAAGAUGUCAUGUUUCAACUAUUAGAAAAGGUUUGUAUAUGAAAUAUUUUAAAAAAUAUAUUGUGGACAUGUACUGUUUUUUAAGUCAAUUAUGUAGUUUAUAUUUUAUUUUUAGUAGCCUCUAUUUUAUAAAUAAUGCAAGGUUGACAAAUAAACUAUUUUAUUAUAGAAAAUAUACGAUAACAUAUUUUUCGAAAACACAUGCUUGUAGCUAGGGGGUCUGGGGUGAACCCUCCUCCCCCGAAAUCUAUCAGUAUCAUCCCCUUCUUUGGCUUCAUCGGUUGCAAAUUUGGGCCAGGAUCAAUUCUCCUGUAAUAUAUUGCAUUACCUUUUUUAUGUCAUUUAUAUAUCGCAGAAAAUAUUCAUAUUUUAUUUUGUCUGUCAAAUCGGUAUAUUUUUUUUAAGAAUAGGGAGUUUAUCGUUUUAACAUUUAACCUGGCAUCCAAAUAACGAAUAAUUUUUGGAAGCAUAAUGUGACGUUUUUACUGGUAGGCUUUCAAUGUGCUCUUUUAUUUUUAUAAUCACAUCAGAUUUUGCUUGCAGCCUGUUGUUAUGUAGUCCCCUGAGAUCUUUAGGCAACUAACCUGCUACCAUCAUGUAAUUAGACGCUUUACUUGAAUAUGUGAUACACUUUGUAGACUCAUAAAAGCCUGCUUACAUACCGGAACACGUUCAGACAUUUUUAAAAUACAGUAUGAAAAAUUUUGAGGACCUUGGUUUUAUAUUUUGCUCAGAACGUUGUCGACGUCUCUGCACUGGCUUGGCUUCUAAUCCUGAUAAAUAUGUAUCAAGUUCAUUUUUUGGUCUACCGUCAUACAACUUUGAAAUCAUUGCAGCUUUUUCUUCAUCGUUUAGUAGGGACGUGCAUUGACGUUUGCAUCUAAAAUAUAAACAUAUUCGUAAUUUAAAACUAUUGUUUAAACAAAUAUAGUAAAAAGACUUACGUGCAAGGAGGGCCCCAUGAAUUUUUCGGUACGACUUUGCCCGAUGUUGAUACACCAUACUGUUUUGCAAGCUUCCUUUUAUUAUCUUUCCACUUCUUUGGAGUUUUUUCUUUUCUUAUUAGCUAUUUCAGCUUGAUAAUCACUGCUAUCACUUUUAGACAUUGUUUUUUAUUAAAUAUAUUUGCGCGGAAAUUACUAUAUUUUGAAGAGAAAAUCAACAGAUCCAACUCUCACAGAGCUAUUGUAACAACUAACAAAAUAAUAUUCAAAAUAUCAACUUCAAAGUGAUGUUAAUGAGUGUAAAAACAGUAAAUGUCCUGGACUCCUACUGUUCUUCCAGUCAUCCAGUUUCAACGUAAUUUAUAUUGCCGAACCUAUUGUGUGUAUUGUACUGAGUUUGAUCACAAUGGGUGGAGACCUAUGUUAUUAUCGAUUUGGCUAUAUUAACUCAAAACGUCAAUUUUUGGACUAGUACUGUUCUUUGACUCACCGAUUCAAUUAAUAUGAAUGUAUUCUAAGAUCCCGCCUAUCCUGUCGCAUCAACGCUCUUGUUUGACAAAUAGCUUGAACUUUUUUUUGUUUUUCACCGGAAUUGAAUCCGGAUUAAGGACGGUCCGAAUUUUUGACGUCCAAAUUAUCGACGCUCUACUGUAUGUUUUUUUUUUUUUUUAACUAAAAUUGAUGACUUUUGAAAUUUGUUGUAAUCAAUGUUUUUAUACUUGUGUUGGUUAAAAAAUCAAAUUUUUUUUAUUUAAAAUUUUCUGAAUACUUAUGGGCUAAGGAAAUAACUUUAAACCCCAUUUUCUCCGCUUAGCGCUCUCAGUAAAUAUGGCAUCUGCUUUUACGACGGCAGUGUAAGAGUUUGAUUUUUAUUAUACUUUUAAAAUAUGUAUAAAUCUUUUUAAUUGUGAUUAAUAUUUACUCUAAUUUAUAAUGGAAUUCACCUCUUUAGAUUGAUUAUAUUUUUAUUUGAAAUAAUUCGAUAAGUUAAAUGUAUGAUUCAUAAAAUUUUGUACUUAACUUUCUAAUUAUUAUUAUUUGUUUCUAUUAUCUUUAUAUACGAGUAUUACUUUGUAUUCAAGUGAUAAUAAUUGGAAAUUCAAAUACUUUAUGAUUUAUUUU